AUGCUUACAUGGUGUGCUAUUGCAAAUCUGGAGAGUAUUAUUUUAACAUUUAACAACGGCUGUAAUCCAUGUAAUACUAUUGGGGUUAACUAUACAAGCUGUAGCAAUGCGUCACAGUGUGAAGAAUGCGAUAUUAGGAAAUGGGGUGCACGGUGUUACCAAGACUGUGCAGUGGGUUGUAAAGACGGAAUAUGUAAUCCUUUAGACGGAUCGUGUACUUGCAUUCAGGGAUUUUACGGAUAUAACUGCCAGACUCAAUGUUCACCAACUUGCCUUGGUAACAAUUGCUUGGACAAUGGUCACUGCAAUUGCACACCAGGAUAUUAUUUACCAACGUGUACUGCAAAAUGUUUCUCCGCAUGUGAAGAAUGUUCUAACGAUUAUUCUUGCACUGUAUGUCCGACUGGAAGAUAUGGAGAAAAAUGUCAAUUGGAAUGUCAAUGCAGCGACGACACCGGUUGUAACAUAAUGACCGGUGACUGUAUUACAAGACCUUGUCCACAAGCAUGCACAUCAUGUCUUGACAGUGAAAACUGCAAUGAGUGCGUUGUUUGCAGGUUUGGAUCAACAUGUUACAACACGUGCCCCACUAACUGUGAAGGGGGGUGUGUCCAAUCGUCUGGCGUUUGUUAUACAUGUGCAAAGGGUUAUUACGGUUCAAAAUGUGACAUUAGAUGCAGUCAUUGUGGUGAAAGUGGUUGUUUACAAAAUGGGGAAUGUAACAACUGCUACCAAGGAUACUUUGGUACAUUUUGUAAUUUAACAUGUCCUUCUACAUGUCAUCCAAAAUGCAAUCAAGCAGACGGAUCCUGUACCUUUUAUUGUCCUGCAAACUGCUUAACCUGUUCAGAUAGAAAUUUAUGCACGCAAUGCAAAGCCGGAUACUACGGAUAUGUCUGUAGUUCAGCGUGUAGCACAACGUGUAAAGAGGGGAAGUGUGACAUAAAGUCAGGGCGUUGUGUGGAAUGCACUUCGUCAUCGUACUAUAGCGACUUUUGCAACACUACAUGUAGAUCCGCAUGCUCAACAAAUGGAUGCGAAAGGCAAACUGGUAGCUGUUUUGGCUGUAAACCUAAUUAUUAUGGGUCAACGUGUGAACAUGUCUGCUCUGAGAAUUGUGCAAAUUCCACAACAGAAUCAAAUUGUGACUCAAAGGGGAAGUGCAUUAGCGGAUGUACUGAUGGGUUUACUGGCGAUACGUGUACAACUGACGGCCAUAACCAACAAACUGAAGAAUCUAAAGCUGGUUCUGUGAUCGGUGGAGCGGUUGGUGGUGUGCUUGGCCCGUGUGCUGUUGUAGCGCUAGUGGUGGUUGUCCUGGUAUUGAAGAGAAAGGGGAUUCUUUGGAAGAAGAGCAGGAAGACUUAUGAAGAUAUUUCUCCAAGAAUAUGCCAAGAUAAACCGUACACAACAUUGGCAGUGGCAUACACGGCCGAGAAUGAAAUACCCGAUUCCGAGCCCAGGUCCGAGUUGACCAUUGAAGGUAAAGACAACAGAGUCUACUACAAUGACGCGACGGCUUACUACAAGCAUGUCGGGGAACAUGUGCUAAGGACAUGACUAUGUACAUAAACUAGUUGAUAAUAGAAGACUUUUAUAGUAUGUUGUCGGUGGUGUAUAUGUUCACAAAUGCGUGUUUGUAUAUCAUCGCUAUGUACGGCUAAGUUUUUUAUUGCAUUAUAAGGGUAUCCAUGUAAACUAUACAGUUAAAUUAUCAAAUGUAUCGAUUUAUCGAGUCAUCAAAAUAGUUCUGUAAGUCUAAAAGAUAUUUCCUAUAAAUAUAAUGGGAUCGUAAUUAAAUUCUGUCUUUUUAAUGUAAAACACUUAAGCGAUCUUUUUUAAUCGAUCAAAGGCCGAGGCUGUAACUACUCUGUACAAACACAAAAUACAAUGAACGUACCGUACAGACACUGUGCAAACAGUGU